CCUCCUUUCAGUGGGAAAACAUAUCCGACACCGUUUACAGUUCAUCAGCCGCAGGAAGAUAGACCAUCAGCCGGGAGAAUGCACAAUCACACACAUAUAUCAUCAAAGGAUGCAGGAACAAAAUACUUCUGAAGCCAGUAUUUUCUGAUGAUGAUUGUUAAGUCAAAAACAGAGGACGCAACUGAGUCAAAUUACUCUCACAUCAUCGCACAAAACUACUGCAUUACUUGGCAUAAACAUCUAACUCUGCUAGAAGCCUAAAAACCCAUCAGAAAAAAAGGGGAAACGUAACAACUGCUUAAUCUGUCCUGAGAAGCUCAUAAAAGAACCAGAGGACGGAAUCCUAAUCACUGCGUGUUUGAUUUGGAGAGCGAGAGCCCUGUCCAGCAUCAAUUGGUGGCUUCAAAAUGGGAUGCUAAUGAGAUUUAAAAAAAAUCCAUUUUUGACCAUCCAAUUCUGGCCUCAGUUUGGUUUUGGCCAUCGAACUCUAAAACCGGAUAUCUUUGGCCAUCCAACUAUCAAAACCGUUCAAAUUUGACAAUCGGAUUGUUUUGGUAUAUGAUUUUAAUUUUUUAUUUAUAAUUAAAUCCUUAAAUCUUAAAAUAAUUAUUACUUUUUGUCCGUACCUUUUUUUUUUAAAAAAAAGAUGCUAAUGGGCUCGACUCCUCGACCCACAUGGUAGGACCUAGAUAGACCAUCAUCAGCACGACGACAGCACCUGCUGCCUAGCAAGUUUCCAUUCCAUAGUCUCUCUCGUCUCGUCAAAAUCCCCCGCCACGGGCCCACGGCGCCAUGCCGAAGGCGAACGAUUGCGCAGCCGCCUCGGCCGCCGUAGGGGCCAGGUCGACCGGGCGCCACCUGCCGCACAUCGAGGGCUACUCGCACACCAAGGCGCUCUUCGCCGGCGAGUUCAUCCCGUCCCAAUCUUUCACCGUCGGGGGCCGCGCGUGGUGCAUCUGGUACUACCCUCGCGGCGCCGGCGACGACCAGGACGGGUACGCCGCCCUCUACAUCGCCGUCUUCCUCGUCCUCGACGACAGCGUCCCGGAGCCCGCCUACGCGGAGGCCACCUUCCACCUGCUCGACCGGGCGGAGAGACCCGUGCCGGGGUGCACCCACUCCACAGGCCUGAACGAGUACUCGGCCGCCGGCGGCGCCAGGCACGGCGUCCGGGCUUUCGUCCCCAGGGACUUCCUGGAGGCGUCGGGCCACCUCGUGGACGAGUGCUUCAGGAUCAGGUGCGACGUCUCUGUCCGGAGGCCGUGGCGCACCGAGCCCAGGCCGGACGCGCCGCCGUCCGACCUGCGCUGUCAUCUCGGGGACCUCCUCGCGUCGGGAGAAGGUGCGGACGUCACGUUCCAGGUCGCCGGCGAGGCGUUCAGCGCGCACAGGAGCGUCGUUGCCGCCCGUUCGCCGGUGCUGAAGGCGAAGCUCUCCGUCGGCACGGCCGCCGCCGUAAGGAUCGACGAUGUGGCGCCCCAGGUGUUCGAGGCCCUGCUGCACUUCGUGUACACCGAUUCGCUGCCGGAGGAGGCGCCGGGGCAGGACGGCGCUUUCAUGGCGCAGCGUUUGCUGGAGGCGGCGGGCAGGUACGGCGUGCCGAGGCUGAGGGCGAUCUGCGAGGAGAAGCUUUGCAGGCUCGUGGAGGUCGAGACGGCUGCGACCAUGUUGCUGUUUGCUCAGCAGCACCGCUGCCAUGGGCUCAGGGAGGCCUGUGUGGACUUUCUGAGAUGUCCCCGGGCACUGAACGCGGUCAUGGCGACCGAUGGCUUUGAGCGUCUUGUUAAGAGCUGCCCUGCUCUCUUGAAGGACUUGAUCUCCAAGUUGGCUGUCUAG